AUGAGACUAGCCGCGUAUGCUGGGGCUUCGGUGGCCCUGGCUACUGGUGUGAUUCUUAAAGCACUUCACCAGAGGUCAAAUUUCUAUUCAGCAUGCGUUUAUCUUUCUCAAAGUAGUGCGAAUCUGAUGAUCCUCACGAAUUUAUGCCUCCUCGUCACCGGCUUCGUACUAUUCUGGCUGCAGCGCCUGCUUUACGGUCAUUUGCGACCGAUCGAGACCGAGCAACUAUAUGAGCGCGCUUGGUUCGCUGUCACGGAGACAUGUCUGGCCAUGACCAUCUUCCGGGGUGAACUUGGAGGCUGGUUUCUGGUCAUGUUCAUCUCGCUGCUGGUCGGCAAGGUCUGGGGUUGGAUUGGCGAAGGUCGAGUAGAGUUCUUAGAGCAACAGCCGCCCGCCAAUCCUCGUCUGUUUCAUAUUCGUUUGGCGCUGUCACUCGUGCUGACGGUGCUAUUCGACUCCUUCAUGCUGCACUAUUGUGUGCAGACCGUGAUUACCCAGGCGCGACCAGAUAUGAUGGUGAUGUUUGCAUUCGAGUUCGCCAUCUUGACAAUUCUCUCGACUUCGACCCUCUUACGUUACGUUAUCGCGUUGACCGAGAUCUCCAUAACCCGACAGCAGGUGAAAGCGAAGAUGGAAGAACGCCGGGAAGAAAUUCGUGCUGCGCAUCUUCCUGACGAGAAUGAUAUCAAUGAAAUGGAGAUCGACGUGCCCGGUUGGGAGGAAAAGGGUCGUUGGGUCUUCUACUUGGAUCUCUUGACCGAUCUAUUGAAGCUCGUAAUCUACUUGAGCUUCUUUGGCAUCUUACUGACUUUCUAUGGCCUUCCUAUCCACAUCUUGCGGGAUGUCGUCGUGACUAUCCGCUCCUUUGCCCGUCGCAUUAUGGUUUUCAUGCGUUAUCGAAACGCAACGAGAGACAUGAACGAGAGAUAUCCAGAUGCCACUGCAGAUGAAGUCUCCCGGGAAGAUGUUUGUAUUAUCUGUCGCGAGGAAAUGGUUCCAGUCCAGCCGGCUCAGCCGGCGGCACCUAAUGCUGCUGGAGAGCCUGCACCUCAGCGCGCUGCUAGAUCACAGCGUGUUCCUGAUAGGUUGCGCCCAAAGAAGCUUCCGUGCGGUCAUAUUCUGCACUUUGCGUGUCUUCGAAGCUGGCUUGAGAGGCAACAAAACUGCCCGACCUGCCGGCGUCCUGUUGUUUCACCCCCGCGAACUCAAGGAGCCGCCGGUGCCGGUGCUAACAAUGCGCCUGGUGGUCAACAUGGUGCUAUUCAACCUGGCCAACAAGGUGCAGAUGGACAACCUCGUGCCAGAGUCUAUCAGUUUGGACCCUUCCGUAUUGCCUUCGGUGCUGUGCGUGACGAUCUCUUCCAGAAUAUUCAGCAACAGGCUCAGCGAAUCCAAAAUCUUCAGCAAAUGGCUCAGCGGGUCAACGCGCCGCAACCUGGAACAAACGCGCCUGGGCCCCAACAAGUUGGAGUUGGGUUUGGGUUCGGACAUGGUCCUCAAGCCCCCACCCCCACACCAGCCCCACAUCCUGCGGCUCCAGCGGCGUCUACUGCUACUGACCUCAGUGCUCAGUUGCUGCAGAUUGAGCAACGGCUCGCCCAUGAGAUCAGGACACUUCGCGUUGCCACAGAACAACUGAAUCGCGUGCGCCAGCUUCGAGUGGAACUAGACCGGUUGCGCAAUCAAGCAAAUACUCUGAGCCAUAAUACUCUCGGCGAGAUAGUGCCGCCUCAAAACGCGGGCCCGGUAUCUUCAGCCUCCGUGACACGCCUUCAGUUCGAAGCGACCAACCCACGUGCUGAGAUGAUGGCUUCUGGGGACCCACGUCUUCCAGAAGGGCUCACUCUUCCUCCCGGUUGGACCCUCCUUCCUCUACAGCGCUCGGGCAGCGGCUCGGGCAGUGUAGCACAGGUAGUACAGCCCACGCCUACCACAGCGGCAUCCUCGUCGGAGCCAGUCGUGGGCGGUACGACGGCUUCUCAGAGUCCAACUGUCCCCGUGUCAACCCCGGAUCAGAUGAGCGGCACCAUCGGGUCAAGUACUGGAGGCAGUGCUAUGUCUACGUCAUCUCCUGUGAACGGGCUCGCGAAUGUACCAAUAUUGGAGCCUAUGCCCACUAGCCCGUCGGCAGAACAUCGUGCAGCAUCUCCGUCUCAAGAAUGGACCGAUGUCACCCCCAGAGGCUCCUUUGGCGACGAGUCAGCUACUGCUUCUAUUCCUACUACUUGGGGCAGCAAUGGAGAAGCUGCGCAGCAGACAUCCAGUCAGGUUGAGACACAGGUCGAGUCAUCAUCCACUGGUAAAGUUCGGACCGCAACGGUCGAAGAAACAGCCGAUGAAGAAGCCUGA